AUGGGACGAGCUACUAUCAAAUCAGGCACAAUAAAUCUACUAAAUACCAUAAUAGGUGCUGGUAUCUUAGCCAUGCCCUAUGGACUAAGCACUAAUGGACUUUUAUUUGGAUGUAUAUUGAUAGUAUGUUCCUCACUCACAUCAUCAUUUGGAUUAUACCUACAGAACAAAGUCGCUAAGUACACAGGCCAAAGAGGAUCAGUAUCGUACUUUAGCCUAGCACAAUUGACUUACCCCCAAUUUUCAAUUGUUUUUGACUCGGCGAUCUCGAUAAAAUGUUUUGGUGUUGGUGUUUCUUACCUCGUUGUAAUUGGCGAUUUGAUGCCCAAGAUAGUUGAGACGAUAUCUGGAGAUGAUGCAACUGCUAACCAUCCCAUACUAAUGCACCGGAACUUCUGGAUCACAUUGUUCAUGGUUGUCGUUGUUGCCCCGUUGUCGUAUUUGAAAAAAUUGAAUAGUUUGAAAUACACCAGUUUUGUUGCUUUGUUCUCAGUGGCUUAUUUGAUUUGCUUGGUUAUUGAAAAGUAUAUCGCUUUGCUGGUCACCGGGCGUGAAAAUGGCGGGGAAGAUGAUGUCAGUGGAGCAUUGUUACUUUCAAGACUGGCAAUACCUGUUCCAGCAGGAGGAAGUAACGUUGAUUGGAUAGGACCUAAGAGCUGGAGCCAGACAUUGAGUUCUUUCCCCAUGUUUGUUUUUGCGUAUACGUGUCACCAAAAUAUGUUUGCCAUCAUUAAUGAGUUGAAGCCUGAUGCUAAGGAUGGAUCGCAAACACGUCAAUCGAAUUUAAUCAUUCGUAAUGCGAUUUCAACUGCGUUAGUCAGCUACCUCGUGGUGGGGAUAUUAGGGUAUCUAACGUUCGGAAACGAUGUCAAUGCCAACAUUAUCUCAAUGUACCCUCGCGAGUCGAUUAGUUCAUUGAUUGGACGAUUAUGCAUUGUGAUUAUGGUUAGUUUAUCUUUUCCGUUGCAGUGCCACCCAUGUCGUGGAUCUAUUAAUCAUGUGAUACAUUUCAUAACUCAUGGUGUUGACACAUCGAAGGUGAAGAAGAAGACGAGCAACUCUAGUAACAACAACAACAACAACAACAACAACAGUAAUAAAAAUAAUAGAAGCAACAGUGUUUCAAAUGGAAGUAUUAGUGGUGGCACAAUAAAUGGCAAUAGGACUGAUAGUGGUGCAUACACAGCACUAACCUCCGAUAUUGAGAGUCUUUCUUCCAUAAACGACAGCAGUAUAGUUGAUGAAUCGUUCAUAUCCACCACCCCAAUGGAAGGCGCUCAUGAUACACAGGGCCACGAUCCGAUAGUGGUACCCUUGACCUCGAAAAAAUUUUACAUCAUAACUUCCGUUAUUGUCGCGGGAAGCUAUCUUGUGGCAAUUUCAGUUACCUCAUUAGCCAAGGUAUUGGCUUUUGUGGGAAGCACCGGAUCAACGUCGAUUUCUUUUAUUUUGCCCGGACUAUUUGGAUACUUGUUGAUCAAACCAAUAGAACAAGGACAAGUGGAGUUAACCAAUUUGGAGAAAUUUUGCAAAUAUGGUGGAUUGGUGUUGGCCAUCUGGGGAGUGGGUGUAAUGAUUGUAUGUUUGGGAGCCACCAUCUUUCUUGGUGCGACUCAUUGA